AUGAAGAAAAAUCGGCAGAACGAGUCCAUAAUUUUGAUAUCAGAACCUGCAAUGACGAUAAUAGUUAAAGAUGAAAUUAGCAACUUAUUCAACGGGUUAUUUAAUAUCUCAUACCCACUCAACCGUCUGAAGUUUAUAAACACCAGCAGUGAAGAAAUAGAACCAGAUUUUCUUAAAGGACAAGAAGUUUAUUCGCUUUAUAUUCAAGAAAAUAAUAUUAAAGUAGUCCAAACGCACACUUUUAGGAAUCUCAAACUUAGAGAUAUAGAUCUCAGUCGUAAUGGAAUCCAGUUAGUUGAAAAUCUGGCAUUCGCUAAUCUUUCCAACUUAGAGAAAAUCUAUCUUGAUGAAAACAAACUAACGACUUUAAACUCCAAAGCCUACGAAAACCUACCCAAAUUACGAGAGCUGGCUUUAAUGAAAAACUACAUUACACUAUUAGGACCAUCUUCAUUUGAUUUUGUCAAGACGACAUAUAUUUUGUUGUCUUUACCUCAUAAUAGGAUUGCAACCAUCGACGAAGACGUUUUCAAAGGAUCAAAUGGCACGAAUAUACAUCUUUACCUAGACAACAAUUUGUUGCAACAAAUUUCAGUCAACAUUUUCCACAACCGCAAUUUUCUAGAAGUUAGAAAAAAGACACUAGGAAUCCCUAACAUUUUCGUUAAGUUCGUCAAGAUGCCGGCGUCAAGUAGUUGUGCAGAUAAAGUACUGUGCUGGUAUUGUGUUGCAAUGAAAAGAAAAAGUGUUGUAAUGCUCCCCAAAGUCAAGAGAUAUUCCUAA